CCCCGGUUGAAGCAUGGCAAUCGCCGCCCUCACAGGAGAGUAAAACAACACCAAACUGAAAUCAAAAUGCGGCGAAGUUCAUGAAAAUGUGCGCCGCUGGCUUCUUCAAUAACUUGCUCCCGACGAAGCGCUGAUUAGGUUACAUGCGGUUUUGCUUGCGGUUGCUACGGCCCUUGGCAGCAAGACUCAUUUAAGAGUGCCUUUAACGGAGUAAGUCAUGGCAGAAAAGCCUAAGCUUGGCAUUUGGCACACGACGACUUUGGAGUCGGCAAGGCAAGGUCAGCAGACAUAUUCCACCACAGCGGUUGCCGGCCAAAAACGAGCCUACGAUGCUUCCACUUCCCAGAUCACGACUCGGAAUGGAACAGCACCAGCUCUUCGCCGUCUGAAUGGCAAGUCUCUUCCAGGUGAGCUGCCAAGGCUCACCGCGGGCCGGAUCAAAUAUGUAGACGGCUCCACUACAAGAGAGCCCUCCGAGUAUUCGCAAAGACAGGCCUUUGCUGCCACGCCGACGCCUGUCAUUGACCCUUUGCUUUCGCUCUCCCACCCAGCCUACGACCUUCCCCCGCAGCUGGUAGCAAACUUUGCUGCCUCGGGCAUCAAGACUAUCUAUCCCUGGCAGAAGCAAUGCCUCCUUGGCCCGGGUCUCCUGCAAGGCGAGAAGAACCUCGUAUACAGCGCACCGACGGGCGGCGGGAAGUCGUUGGUUGCCGAUAUCCUCAUGCUGAAACGCGUUUUCGAGGACCGCCAGGCCAACGCCAUCUUGGUCUUGCCGUAUGUGGCCCUCGUCCAGGAGAAGGUCCGCUGGCUUCGCAACAUCGUCAGCGGCAUCUCGCGGGAAGACGAGGGUCAAAAGGAGCAGACCGACAAACUGUGGGCUCGAAGGGCGGAUAAAGACACUAUUCGAGUGGUGGGAUUUUUUGGCGGAAGCAAGAUCAGGGCGACGUGGGCCGACUUUGAUAUUGCCGUUUGCACCAUCGAGAAGGCAAACUCGCUGGUGAAUGCCGCCAUCGAGGAUUGUUCCAUCUCCAAGCUGCGGGCUGUUGUCUUGGACGAGUGCCACAUGAUUGACGACGGCUACCGGGGGUAUUUGCUGGAGCUCAUGACCACUAAACUUUUGUGUCUCGGCCAGCCAGUUCAGAUCAUUGGCAUGAGCGCGACCCUCACGAACAUCGGCCUCCUGAAAGACUGGUUGCAGGGCCACUCAUACGAAACUCACUACCGUCCUGUUCCCAUUGAAGAGCAUCUGGUCUAUGACGGUAGGAUAUAUGCCGCCGGGACCGCGGCCAGCCUCCUGAAAACGAUAACCCAACUAGACUCAAUAGCGACUCAGCACAGUCAAUCAAGAGUGCAACCAGUACGAAUCAUUGAACCCUCGGCCGAUAAAGAGCUCAAGGAUUCUAUUCGGAAUGCCGUCGUUGCACUUGCCAACGAAACAGUCAGGGCUGGCUAUGGGGUGCUGGUGUUUUCGAGCAGUCGUGCAGGAUGCGAGUCGGAUGCCGUCCUGAUAAGCCGCGUAUUGCCAACAUUUGCAGAAGCCGACCCGAUUAUCCAGGAGAAGAGGUUGGAUCUGCUUGGAGAUCUGCGCAGUUUGCCCACGGGACUCGACCCAAAGCUGGAACAGACCAUUCCCUCUGGCGUAGCCUUCCAUCGUGCCGGUCUCACGACAGAAGAGCGGGAGCUAGUGGCAAAGGCAUACGAUCAAGGAGUGCUCAAAGUAUGCGUGGCGACAUGUUCCCUUGCUGCUGGCAUCAACCUGCCGGCCAGACGAGUCAUCCUUCACAAUGCCCGCAUGGGACGCGACUUCGUAGGCCCUGCCAUGCUACGGCAGAUGCGCGGGAGGGCCGGAAGAAAGGGCAAGGACGAAGUGGGUGAAACCUACUUGUGCUGCCGGCAGUCCGACUUAGAGGCCGUCGUCGACCUCAUGCACGCCGAUCUUCCCGAGCUAUCAAGCUGCCUCAUAUCAGACAAGCGCCGUAUUCAGAGGGCCUUGCUGGAAAUCAUUGCCAUUAGGCUAGCAACAAGUCGAGAAUCUCUCGAUGACUACGUCAGCAAAACCUUGUUGUCUUACUCAGCGGAGCCGGAAUCGAUCCAGGAGCAAGUCGAAGCAAGCAUCGCCGAUCUCCAGAAGAUGGAGUUCAUCACAAUCGACCGCUACGGCAGCUUCCAAGCCACUUUGCUCGGCAAAGCAAUCGUUGCAUCGUCGCUCGACCCAGAAGACGGCAUCUUCAUUCACAAUGAACUGAAGAAAGCAUUACAAGGGUUUGUCAUGGAUGGCGAGAUGCACGUUUUAUACAACUUCACGCCAGUUCAGGAUCCCGGGGUUAUCAACUGGAAAGUGUUUUGGAACGAGAUCCAAAAGCUUGACGACAGUGGAGUCAGGGUCAUGCACUUUUUAGGACUCAAGCAUGUUGUCGUCGACAACAUGCUUCACGGAGGCACACUAAAGGAGGCGACGCCGGAAGAGAAGGAGACGGCGCGGCGGUACCACCGGUUCUACCUGGCGCUGCAGCUGCGGGACCUCUGCAACGAGAUGCCGAUACACCGGGUGGCGCAGAAGUAUGAUAUGCCGCGCGGGUCUGUUCAGACUUUGGCACAGACAUGCCAGGGGUUUGCGGCCACGAUGAUCAAGUUCUGCGAGACGAUGGGUUGGGGAGCUAUGGCCGCUGCGCUCGAUCACUUAUCGGAUAGACUCAAGGCCGGGGCUCGAUUCGACCUUCUGGCGCUGGCCAAGAUUACGUUUGUGAAGAGCAGGACGGCGAGGAUAUUCUGGGACAACGGAUUCAAGACGGUUGCCGCUGUCGCCAAUGCAGACCCGAAGGAGCUAUUGCCAGUCCUGAUGCAGGCACAGCCAAACAAGGUGAAGUUGGGGGCUAAGGACGAGCAAAAGUUCAAGGAAAAGCUGUUGGCCAAAGCGAGGAUCAUCGCAGACUCGGCCAACAGGUUAUGGCAGAUCGAGAUGCAACAAGAGCUUGAUGAAGAAUAAUCUGCUCUGGCCCUUCAGCUGGUCCUAGGGAUCUGAUGUUCAUGAUAUUCAGAGGUGUUGUCGUAUCGCACGCGGGCGGUACCUGGGAAACGUGGCUAAGCUACUGUAGCCACUUGGGAAACGCAUGGCUUGUCGUGCGCAGUUCAACCCAACACAGUGACUCAACUCCUUAUUCAUGGCGUGAUGCUGGGCCAGUCUCCUAAUGCAUUGAUGCGAGGGAGGAGGGGCCAAGAUACUGGUGUGGGUCCUGCAGCGUCUACCAGCGUCAAUGAUCUGCAUGCAAAGUCACAUAAAGUAGGUAGGUGGAGAUGCAUCGUGCCAGGCAAGCAUCCCAUCUCAAACACAGCGUAAGGCACGUCCUGCUCGUCUCUCUUCAGCUUGUUGGCUUCCAG